AUGGCCGCGUGCGCCUGCACGCUGGCCGCCGCCCAGGGCGAGGCCUUCCGGGGAGCCGCCAGGCCGGUCUCGCCGCCGGUGGUUCCACUUGCCCAGGCCAGUGCUGGUCACGGAGAGAGCGCGGCAGGGUCUGACCUGGGUGAGGAACGGACCAGCGGGAACACUGUCCCGCGCGAGGUGUCCGGGGGGGCAGCGGGUCGGCCAGUGGACGCUACAUCUCCUCCACGCACCGUCGGGGCUCAGAGCUCAGCGGCGAGGCCUGGGUCAAAGGGCAAAGUGACCAGACCCCUGCACCUGCCUUCCUGCUGGGCCGCCGUCCCUCCGCCUCUCGCCCUGGUGACCGGAACGGAGCUGCCCAGCAGGGACCCCAAGGAGGGGCCUCUCCGGCAGGACCAGUGUCCCCUGGAGGUGGCACUAACCCCGGAGAAGGCCGAGGGCCGGGAGGGCCCCGCACAGCUCUUCGGUGCGGAGGAUGGCGAGAGGGCGGCCGCCUGCGAGGGCCCACGAGGACUGGGCAGGAAGCGCCUGCACAUCGGCGCCGUCCGGUGUGACGUCUCGGUGCAGGAGGACGACCGCCAGGAGUGGACGUUCACGCUCUACGACUUCGACAACAGCGGGAAGGUCACCAGAGAGGACGUGUCCAGCCUGAUGCACACCAUCUACGAGGUCGUCGACGCCUCCAUCAACCACUCCUCGGGCGGCAGCAAGACCCUCCGCGUGAAGCUGAGCGUCAGCCCCGAGCCCUCCGGCAAGAGGAAGGACGGCCCUCCCGCCGGCCAGGACCGGGAGCCCACGCGCUGCAGGGCGGAGGCCGAGCCCGCCGAGGACCCCCGGGUGGCCGACAGGAGGCUGUCCGCCCAUGUCAGGAGGGCCAGCGCCGACCCCCAGCCCUGCGCGGUGCGGGGGCCCUGCUGCGUGGACGAGAACACGGAGCGCAGGAACCACUACCUGGACCUCGCCGGGAUUGAGAACUACACGUCCAAGUUUGGCCCCGGGUCCCCUCUGGCGCCGGCCAGGCAGGAGCACCACGCCAAGGCUGCACACCCGCAGAGCAGGUCCCGCUCCCAGGAGCCAGACACCCACGUCCUGCAGCACCGCAGGUCCCAGGUGCUGGCCGACCACGCCGCACUGGCCGCUGAGCCUGCCCGGGCCCUGGAUACGCAGCCCCGGCCGAAGGGGCAGGAGAAGCUGCUGCUCAGGUCCCCCAAGGGCACAGGGAAGCCGCCCGGGCUGCCCGGCGGCAGCAAGCCCAGCAGAGCCUCCGGCCACUACCUGCCGGCCCAGGCCCCGCCGGACGCCCACCACCCCCCGCAGCCCCCGCCCUACGGCCACAAGCGGUACCGGCAGAAGGGCAGGGAGGGCCACUCGCCGCUCAAGGCCGCGCACGGCCAGCCCGGCGCCGUGGAGCACGAGGUGGUGCGGGACCUGCCGCCCGUGCUGGCGGGCGAGGGCCACGUGCUGCCCGUGGUCCAGAGGCACGAGCACCACCACGAGCACCACCACCACCACCACCACCACCACCACCUGCACCCCCAGCCCUGCUAG